AUGGUCGCUUUCGGAUUCAACCAGGUUUGUGGAAUCAUUUUACUUUUAAAUGCUCUUCCUGGAUUACUUAUCAAUAUGUACGUGUUUUAUAAACUUGUCACAAGAACUGGUCAGUGGAACAGUUUUCUUAAAUUAUGUGUUACUAAAACUGUUCCAAAUAUGAUAGUUUGUUCAAUAUUUUUGUUUUGGGCAGUUCCUGUUUGUAUUUAGUGAGUUAUUUCCCGAAAAUUGUUCGUAAAUACCAUAUUUUUGUUAGUAAUCCGAAAUACAAAAAUAUUAAUCGCUACGUGAAUGCAACACUUGGUCAACUCGCUGCUUUUUUCGCUUACACACUGAGUCCUUUAACACAAAUCUGUAUGUCUUUCAACAGAUUUUAUGCUUUAUAUUUUCCAAUGCAAAGUAUGAAACAACAUCGAGUUCCAUUUACAAAUAUUGCGAUUGUUGUUAUUUCAUUGAUGGCAUCAUCCUGGACAAUUUAUGCAUUACCUGGAAUGCCAUGGCUUCCGGGUAAAUGUGGUUAUGUUUUCGACCCAGCAAUCGUUUCCUGGAGACCAGAAACUGACGAUUGUGCAUAUGCAAUCGCGGAUAAUAUGAUUUUUCUGAUCUUUUGCUUCUCGGUAACAUCAAACUGUUUUAACUUUGUUACUUUCGUGAAACUUUUGAUGAAUCAAGUUGUUGGAAUGAGUUCAGAAGAAAAUUCGAGAAGACGAAGAAAAAGGACAAUUAUGUAUGUACAAAGUGUUCUUCAAGACACAAUUCACGUAAUUGACAGUUUGAAUGCAACUUAUGUUUGGACAUGGAGAGAUGAAUUGUGGUAUCAAUUCAUAUUUUUGUCCAUAAGUUUUGUGUUUAUCUACGCAUUGGAUGGGUAAAUUUGAAAACACGAGAUAAAUAUGAAAAAAAGUUUAAUUUUCAGUUUUAUUAUGUUUGCAUUCAACUCAGAAAUGCAUCCAGCAUGGUUGAAAAAUCGACAAGGAAAAACAAUCUUUGUUUUUGCUCGAUCAAAUGCGAGCAAUCGUUCUCAAACAUCAGUAGUUGUGAAUUCAAACAUUGCACGCGUGGGAAAUUGA